AGUUCGAACCCGACCCGGUACAUCUGGACCCGACGACACGACGAGCCGGAACUCGGAGCAGCAGCAUCAAGCAUCUCUCGCCGCCGCCGCGCCCACCACCUGCCCGACGGAAUCGCAUCCCACCGGCCGGCGAGCGAGCGUGCGGCACUGCGGCGGCGGGGAUGGUGGGGCUGCUGAAGGUGCUGUGCUACGGCGCGGGGGGCAUCGCGGUGGUGGGCCUCGCGGCGCUCGUGGCGCUGCAGGAGCGGCUCGUCUACGUGCCCGUGCUACCGGGGGUCGCGCGGGCGUACCCCAUCACCCCCGACCGCCUCCGCCUCCUCUACGAGAACGUCUGGCUCCGCGCCGCCGACGGCGUGCGCCUCCACUCCUGGUUCAUCCGCCACUCGCCCACCUGCCGAGGUCCAACUAUUCUGUUCUUCCAAGAAAAUGCUGGCAAUAUUGCACAUCGUUUGGACUUUGUUCGACUGAUGAUGCAACGGCUACAGUGCAAUGUGUUUAUGCUUUCUUACAGAGGGUAUGGUGAGAGUGAUGGUUCUCCUUCUCAGAAGGGCAUCACAGAUGAUGCACAGGCUGCACUUGAUCAUCUCCUUCAAAGGAAGGACAUUGACACAACCAGAAUAGUUGUUUUUGGGAGAUCGUUAGGAGGUGCUGUUGGAGCAGUGCUUGCAAAAAACAAUCCUGGCAAGGUGUCUGCUCUAAUACUGGAAAACACAUUUACAUCCAUAUUGGAUAUGGCUGGUAUCAUGCUACCCUUCUUACGAUGGUUCAUAGGUGGCAGUUCUUCAAAAGGUCCAAAACUUCUGAACUGUGUUGUCCGGUCCCCAUGGAGUACACUUGAUAUCAUUGCAGAGGUUAAACAACCCAUUCUUUUCCUCUCUGGAUUGCAAGAUGAAUUAGUUCCCCCUUCACACAUGAGGUUGCUAUAUGAUAAAGCUUCUGAGCAUAACAGGAAUUGUAGAUUUGUUGAUUUUCUCAGUGGCAUGCAUAUGGAUACCUGGGUUUCUGGAGGAGACCGUUACUGGAGGACAAUCCAAUUGUUUCUGGACCAAUAUGCUCCAGAAGUACAGAGUUGUGAUGCUAGCUGCAAAAGUGAAAUUGCUGAUAAUGCUGAGGAAUGACCAUUACAUCUGGAGCGGCCUUCUUUUUUCCGAAGCUCCAGUUUUCUGAUGUGAUGCAGUUUAAAUCCUGAUGAACUGAAGUUCACUGCAAACAAUGAAUUCAGGCAAUUAUUCUCCUCCAUUCGACCUGAAGAAGACGAAGUUGUGAAUAACUUGAGGUUGCUCACCAAUUCACCAUCCUACCUUUGCUUCUACAGCGCUACAUUUGUCUCUGGAGCUAUAUAUACAUUUCUGAGAAUAUCUGGCCUUGAACUGAUGAUUGUUUUCCUUGAUUCAAUGUGCGAUGUGGCUUUAUUCAUCUUCCUUAGAAAUGUACCGUAGCUGGCAUUACCAUAUGUCAGAAACUGGCCUUGGUGUAUAACAAUGUAAUAGGUUUAAGCUCCGGUUCAACCAUUUGAUUUUGUGUUUUUGAUUAUUUUUUAAUAUGUGAUUUUGAGUAUCGGUGUUAUAGAUGUAGGUUUAUUGCUUCUUUAGCCUGUUAAAUGACGCAAUAUCAACAAAAAAAUAUGGUUUUCCUUGUAAUAUGCAAAGCGAGCUCUUAGGAAAUGGGGGUUAUUGUUUAGGUUAUUUAGAAAAAAAUAAAUAACAUAUUUGUAAAUGAAAAAUAAUUUGUGAAUAAAAAUGUUAAAAUAUUAAUUUAUCGUUUUAUGCGGUAACUGUGGUUAUCGUGCUACAGUUAGGGCAACAUCGGUACCUCAACCAAGACAAGAAAUAAGAAAUAAGAAAA